AUGCUGCGGUCAACAUGGGCUCUCUUAUUGGGUAUAUUACUCACAAGAAAAGAUGGUGUGAAAGCUCAAGUGACCUGUGGACAGGCACCACUAAACCCAAGGAUUGUUGGAGGUGACGAUGCCCCGGAGGGCAGCUGGCCUUGGCAAGUCAGCAUGCACUUCAAUGGGUUUCACCGAUGUGGGGCGACUGUGAUCAACGAGGAAUGGGUGCUCACUGCGGCCCACUGCAUCCCAAACACUAAUCCUGACCCUUGGCGCCUCUUCUUUGGAAAACAGAAUCAGAGCAACACCAGUCCCAAUGAGGUCAACCGCGAGGUGGCCCAGAUCAUUAUUCAUCCCGACUACAAUAGCACAAACUUUAACAACGACAUAGCAGUCAUGAGGCUUAGCAGCCCCCUCAGUUUCACUAACUACAUCAGACCCAUCUGCUUGGCAAGUAAUGCCAGUCAAUUCAACAACGGUACCUUGUGCUGGGCCAGCGGCUGGGGAAGACUGGGGGCUGAUCAGCCAAAUGUGGCCUUUGACAGGCUGCAAGAAGUUGAGAUUCCGAUAAUUGGAAACAACCAGUGCCGCUGCAACUACUUCUUUGUGAACAACGCUGACAUCAACAGCAAUAUGUUAUGUGCUGGGCAGGAAGGUAGAGGAAUAUGCCAGGGUGAUUCAGGAGGUCCCGUGCAAUGUAAACAAGGCUCAAUGUGGAUCCAGGCAGGCCUGGCCAGUUUCGGCAUACCAUGCGCUAGAGAGGGCUUCCCUGAGGUGUUUGCUCGCGUGUCGUUUUUCCAGGACUGGAUCACAGCACAAGUGGCGGGGGCCGACGUUAGUUUUGUAACAUACACCUCGAGCGGUGGUGACCAAGACGACGACUUUCGUUGUCGAUUAACGGAGCCACCAUCAUCAAUGACAAUGCCGCCGGCGCCGCCGCCAUCAUUAUCCACGACACUUCUUUCGAGUCUUAGCCUCUUGCUCUUGGUGCUAGUUAUUCAGGCGUUGUAA